AUGGUUGUGGUGAAGGUGGUUAUGGUGGUUGUGGUUGUGAUAGUGGUUGUAGUGGUUGUACUGUUAAUCAAUAACGACAGGACACACAAGCACGACAUACCAUGGGAUCCUCUUAAGCCAACAGACAACCUCUCUCUCGCAGACUCUAACUGGUGGGGUCACGUGAUCGGCGUCCCCUACAAGUCGUGGAUGGGAGCCACACUCGCCAGGGAUCUGCUGAGCCAAGAACUCAUGACGGAUUACCUGGACAGGUACUGGGUUAACACCCCAGCCGGACCUGUCUGGGACACACAAGAACACUCAGAGCAAAUGUCUGGUGGGAACUUGGCCCCGCGAGCGAUGCUAGGCGAGGUCGAAGGUCUGUUGCGAGGAACUUAUGCGGAGGUUCACAAGGAGGUCCAAGAGGCGAUGUUCAUUGACCUGGCUCUGAGACAACCUUACGACGAAAAUGGGUUCAGGCCAGACGGUUGUCUACAUCAACACAACAUACUGGGGGAUCGCGCCACCGGUGAUGGGUACCUGGAGCACAAUCUCGGCAACAUCUACAACAGUGCUUAUGGGAGAGAACUGUUGGUGCACACGUCGAACCUCUUCAGCUGGUACACGGGGACGAGCAUGGACUUCGAGAACGCCACCAUCGAGGGGCUGUUUGGUGCCUAUUUGGAGUGCCAGCAAUGGCUCUUUCGAGGACACACUUCCGAACCCACAACGUGCGGGAGGCAUUUGACAGAUGGCGAGAUCGCCACCAGGAACGGGACAGGAGGAGCCAUACUAGCCGCGGGGAGGAACCUGCUGAAAUUAGGUCGACAUGUGGAAGAGGUGGAAUCUGUUCUUCACCGAUAUGACAACGUUGUUCCGGAUGCUGAACAUGCGCUGGUCGGGAACAAGUUCUUCUUUAACUCGGACCUCACCGUGCACCAGCGGCGGGAGUACAUGGCCAGCGUGCGGGUUCUGUCCAACCGCACUUCGAGGCCCGAGAGCUGGCCUCCCUCGCAGAACGGCGACGGGUAUUUCCAGGGCGACGGAUUCAUGACAAUCCUAAUCGACGGAGAGGAAUACGGAAAACCCAAGAAAGAGGUUUUCCUGGUCUACGAUUGGGCGAGGGUUCCCGGUGUGACCAACCUCUAUACGACGGAUAUUCCACAGUACCACACGGGAGCCUACUGGUCCGGCCACUUCUUCAACGACGCCAAGUUCGCAGGGGGCGUGUCCGACGGGGAGGUGGGCGUGACAGCGAUGGUGUGCCGCCGCCCUUACGUGGCACUGCGGUCUGUCAAGUCCUGGUUCUUCUUUGAUGACGUCAUCGUGGCCCUUGGCACUGGCAUCUCCCUCGGGGUUGAUGACACCACGGGGGAGAGUGUCAUUACGACGCUGGCACAGCUGGCCUUCGAAGGAUCUUACGUCAUAGGAACGAGCAACGGAGAGGAAAUAACAGCUGAUUUCGGAAGCAACGUCGAGAGCCAACCUGCCUUCCUCCAUCAUCGAAACAUCGGCUACGUUUUCAUGAAUGGAAAUGAGACCCUGUUUACUAUGGCUGACUCACGGGUGCACGGGGAGGAUGCCAUUGAUAUAUUUAGUGCCUGGCUUGACCACGGUUCGACCCCCGAAGACGCGACCCACAGUUAUGUCGUGUUGCCCUCGUUUGACCUCGAACAGACGAGGCUCUUCGCUGCCAACCCUCACGUGAAGGUCAUCUCUCAAGGCCGUGACCUCCAUGCUGUGUGUCACGAGCCGUCUAAGACGAUCGGAUUCGCGUUCCUGACAGACGGCGAGCUGACACCUUCUACCUGUGGAGACGCUGCCGAGGUCUCCCUCCUCGUCGACACGCCCUGCCUCGCCCUCGUCAGCGUCAGGAGCGAAUCCGCCGACGCCGCUGAGCUGUCAGUGACCCUCGCAGACCCGCAGCAGAUGUAUGACGUCAUUCGGGUGAGGGUGACGUAUGACGGGAGGGCAGCAGAGAGGGACGUCCAGAUGCCGCCUCCGCCCAAGCGAGGGUCCAGCGUUACUGAAGCGUUUGUUGUGUAGAUAUUGGCAGGACUAUAACUACGACAACA